AUGACGAUCCCGUAUCCUGAUGGACAUCUUGACAUUGGGUACAUGCCCGACUAUGACCAAUACUUGGCACGCGGCAAGCGUAGACAAGAGACCGAGAAGCUCGAUAAUCAUCUUCCCAAGGGUUUCCCUUCCCGCCUAUCUGGCAGCCUCGUCUGGGACCCCAGAACUGUAGCCAGCAGUUAUGAAUGGAACUACCACCUUACUGCAGACGACCUCGAUGAGAUCAACAAUGCCCUUCAACACUUCAAGUCGUUGGGCAAGGCGAUGGGCGAGUGCUCCGCCGACACUUUCCCUCUGCCCAAGUUGCAUGCUGUGCUACGCGAAAUCUCCAACGAGGUCCAUAACGGCUACGGUUUCAAAGUGAUUCGAGGUCUUCCCGUGGACAACUACACCCGCGAAGAGAACGUCAUAAUCUACACCGGCCUCUCAUCGCACGUUGCGCCUAUUCGUGGUCGCCAAGACAACAAAUGGCAAGGCAGACCAGCUGAUGUCCUUGUUGCCCAUGUUAAGGAUCUGAGCCAGUCGUGCAACUCUAAGGACAUCCCCGGUCCUGUGGUCACGGCCGAUAAACAAGUGUUUCACACCGAUGCCGGCGAUGUUAUUGCCUUGUUAUGUCUAAACGAAGGUGAAUCAGGUGGCGAGAGCUAUCUCGCGAGCACCUGCCAUGUUUACAACGUACUGGCUGCUACACGCCCUGAUCUGAUUAAAACUCUCUCCGAGCCUUGGCCUUUUGACGAUUUCGCCGCGACUGGUGACGUGUACAAGCUGCGACCUCUACUGUACUACCAGCCUGCUACUGAGACCGACCCCGAGCGACUCAUCAUCCAGUAUUCGCGAAGAAAUUUGACUGGCUAUUUGGACUGCAAGCGGUCGGCCAACAUUCCGCCGCUAACCGACGCACAAGCAGAGGCUUUGGAUGCGGUUCAUUUUACGGCCGAGAAACACGCUAUCUCGCUGGACUUCCAUAAGGGCGACAUUCAGUUUGCCAACAACCUGAGCAUUCUACACGCCAGAGGAUCAUUUAAAGACUCCAGUGAGAAGCAACGCCACCUUCUCCGACUUUGGCUGCGUGAUCCUGAAUAUGAAUGGACCAAAGCCAAAGAGCUGAAAGAGCGAUUUGACCGGGUCUAUGCAGGCGUGACAGUCGAGAGCUCAGUUUUCCCACUUGAAGCAACUAUCCGCAGCAGCAAUGUGGCUACAUAG